GUUGUAUAUUUGUGCUGGCUCUUGCUUGUCGCUAGUGAAUCAACGUGUUCGGCUUCAUAGCGUUGCACUGAUGCUAUGCGUGCCGUGUGGACUCUACUGUCUCCAUCCACUGUACAGCAGCAGCAGCAGCAGCACCACCACCACCGCUCCGUUAACAUCCCACAGACUACACCUUCCGGCUGGAUCCUCCUGACGAAGCACCGCCCGGCUGAGCCAGCCCGCCCGGCGCGUGGACGGUCCAGCACAAUGGCAGGGGAUUUGGGGGUACCUCUGUUGUAUACCAACAACAGGUCGCAUGGGUAAUUCCUCUCCAGCCUUCCCGCAUCAUCUCGUGUUUGGGACGAUUAGAGCGCCGCUGUCGGCUUGAUGUGGCAAGAAAGCCGUGCGGGUGCGGGUGACGGGGCUUCUCGUCCAGGCUGUCGUCGAACGAGAGGAUAAACGGCGUGGAGCAGGUGUAGUGUAGCUGGGGGGCUCAGCAGGAUGGAAAUAGAUGCCCGUUUUCGCUACUAUUUCCAGCACCCGUGGUCACGUCUCAUCGUGGCCUACCUUGUCACCUUCUUCAACUUCCUCAUCUUCGCCGAGGACCCCGUCUCCCACAGUCAGACAGAGGCACAUAUGAUUGUGGUGGGCAACUGCUUCUCCUUCCUGUUCAACAAGUACCCGGGCCUCGGAUGGAACAUCCUGAAAGUAGUGUGCUGGAUACUGGCCAUAAUCACUGGCCUGUUAGCCGGGAAGUUUAUAUUCCACCGCCAGCUCUUUGGUCGAUACCUGCGCCUGAAAAUGUUUCGCGAGGAUCAUGGCUCCUGGAUGACCAUGUUCUUCAGCACCAUCCUCUUCCUCUUCAUCUUCUCACACAUCUACAACCUUUUCCUGCUGAUGGCUGGGAGCAUGAAGCCACACAUGGUGACAGAGUACAUGGGCAUCAGGAAUGAGAGCUUUAUGAAGAUUGCUGCAGUGGGAACGUGGAUGGGAGACUUUGUCACUGCUUGGAUGGUGACAGAUAUGAUGCUCCAGGAUCAACACUACCCGGACUGGGGAAAAGCUGCCAGAAGGUUCUGGAAACAAGGCAACAACAGGAUUGUUCUCUUCUGGACAGUGCUCAUCUCUCUGACGUCAGUGGUGGUUCUGGUGAUCAGCACUGACUGGAUCAGCUGGGACAACCUGAACCGAGGCUUCCUGCCCAGUGACGAGGUCUCCAGAGCCUUUCUGGCCUCCUUCAUUUUGGUCUUCGACCUUCUCAUUGUCAUGCAGGACUGGGAGUUCCCUCACUUCAUGGGUGACCUGGAUAUGAAUCUACCAGGAAUGUCAACAACCCACGUGAAGGUCAAGCUUCCUGUCUGCAAGCGUAUCUUUAAAGAGGAGUACCACAUUCAUAUCACAGGUAAGUGGUUCAACUACGGUAUCAUUUUUCUUGUGUUGAUUUUGGACCUCAACAUGUGGAAGAACCAGAUUUUCUACAAGCCCUACGAGUAUGGUCAGUACGUCGGGCCUGGUGAGAAGAUCUACACUGUGGAGGAGCCAGAAACACUCAUAAACUUCAACCACAGCACGCUCUCCUAUGAGUGGCGCUCCACCAACGUCGACCCAAACACCAACUCAACCUACGUGGAGCGGGACAUGUUCCUCCAUAGCCGCUACAUCGGAGCCAGCCUGGACGUCAAGUGCCUGGCCUUUAUCCCGAGUCUGGCGGCGUUCGUCCUCUUUGGAUUCUUCAUUUGGCUGUUUGGACGAUUUCAGGACAGUGAGACCUUCACUGAAAACCAAGACAAGACAUAUGAGAGGAUAAAGAGGAAGUCGCCAUCAGAGUACAGCAAGGAGAUGGGGGUUACGCCAGAGGAGAUGCAUGUGACCAUGAGCGAUAGUCUGAAACGAUCGGGAACGCCCAUGCUGCUCUCAGUUGACGGGCCACACUUUGGGGCAACACCCUCGACAAACUCGACUAUUUCAAUGGAAACACAAGAGACUCAUCCAAGUAUCGUGAUUGACAGUGCAGAACAGGAAGAACCAGCAGUCUCCUCUGAUGUCAACAAGCUUUCCCCCGUGACAGAUGAUGAACCUCUGAAACUUUGAACUACAUACCUGCGGACAGGUUGAGAACUGAGAAAGACGAAGUCAUGAUCUGAAAGUGUUGCUUUUCUUUGGUUAAGACCAAGCUGAAGCAGAUACUGAACACAACUGGAUCCAGGAAUAGGACAAGGCGAUGUCAAGUGAUCAUCAAGCCGGCCCAGAUGGCUAUUGCAGUUGCAUUUGUUUGAAUAUAUUUUUGUAAAAUGGUCUUUUUAAAUGCCUCUAAAACAGCUCCAGUUCUGUUAACAAACGCAUCUUUUAAAACAGAAUGCAAACUUUUAAUUGACAUGGUGCUUGCUUGGAUUUUGCAUUUUCAUAAUUCACUUUUGUCAAGGUAAACUAUUUUGGUGCCUAUAAGAGAGGAAUAUUUGUGCAGUCUCGACACCACGAUCAGGUGGAUCUUACUGUAUCACAGUUGUUACAGUUACACUAGUGCCUUGAUAUUUCGUACGUUCAAAUACAGACAGAAAUAUAUUCUGUACAGUCUAUACAACUAUAGGCAACAAAUUGGAAGAUGUCUUAUUUAUGCUGUCUUAUAAGCUUUCAUACCAUAUGGACAAUUGUUACCUCAUUUAAUCCUCAAACUUAUCACUUUAAUUUAUUCUCGUGCUACAUCUUUCCUGUUGGAUUUUCAAUGCAUCGUUCUAGCUGAAAUGACAUAAUUAUGAACAUCAAUGUACCAUCAGUGACCUAUUCAUAUCCCCUCACUUGAUAUUAGUUGCAGAGAUAAUAAAUGCAAUCAGCAGAGAUCAAAAAGCAAACCAGCAAGCCACCUCAUGAUUGCUCAUGUGGCUGCUGCACCUGGGCUGAAUACCAACAGUGUCAGAAAGGUGGUUUUGCCCUUGGCAUAAACAUGCCAUUGAAGUGCAGGGGAGGCUUCUGCUUCAAAGCUCAUGGCUCCUUUAUGUGUAGAUAAAUGUCGAAUGUUUGAGAAGCAGUUUCACAGUCAUGGUAAAUGCAUGAAAACUUAAUAAUAUAUUUUAAGCAUUAUCCUACUUUAAAAAAAAAAAAAUCACACUUGAAACCCAUAGCAUUUGUCUUUACUCUGGCUUUUGAAAGUGUU